AUGGAAGUCCAGGACCGCCCAAGCCCCCUUCGGGUAAGGCUGGGCCGGGAGGGGUCGGGAGCCUUGGGCCUGCACCCCGAGGGGGCCGAUGUCGGGAUACCCGGGGCCUGGCCCGGGGUGGCCGCGGUCGGGAGCCUUGGGCCUGCACCCCGAGGGGGCCGAUGUCGGGAUACCCGGGGCCUGGCCCGGGGUGGCCGCGAAGUGGCCGAUCUCUGGGCUUGUCCGCUGAGAUCGCUGGGCCCACGCCGCAGCGAGCCCCGGCCUCACGGAGCCGGCUGGGGGGGGGGGGGCCGUGGGGGGGGGCGGCCUCACGGAGCCGGCUGGUGGGGAGGAGCCUGUGGUGGGGGACGGGGAGGGGUUGCAGAGAGGCACCGGCGAGGGGAGCGGGAGCUUUCGAAACGCUCCUGGGGGAGGAGAAGAGGCUGGGAAAAGGAGGCAGAAGCUCGGAGAGAGUGUGAAGUUACCGAGUGGGGGGCACCCGCGUGCCCAUGGUGCCUGGCCGGCCCCGCCCGGGAGUCUUCUGCUGCCUCGCCGCCUCGGGUGGGGGAGGGGCGGGCCCUGCGGAAGCCGCCUGGUGAGUCCUCUUGGGUAUCCCUCUCGGCCUGCAGGGAGGUUUUCAAAGCUAAGCACCGCAAGACUGGCAAGAAGGUGGCUCUGAAGAAGGUGCUGAUGGAGAACGAAAAGGAGGGGUUCCCCAUUACAGCCUUGCGAGAGAUCAAGAUCCUCCAGCUUCUAAAACAUGAGAAUGUGGUCAACUUGAUUGAGAUUUGUCGGACCAAAGCCUCCCCCUAUAACCGCUGCAAGGGCAGCAUAUACCUGGUGUUCGACUUCUGCGAGCACGACCUUGCUGGGCUGCUGAGCAACGUCUUAGUCAAAUUCACGCUGUCCGAGAUCAAGAAGGUGAUGCAGAUGCUGCUCAAUGGCCUCUACUACAUCCACAGGAACAAGAUCCUGCACCGGGACAUGAAGGCCGCCAAUGUGCUCAUCACUCGUGAUGGGGUCCUGAAGCUGGCGGACUUUGGGCUGGCCCGGGCCUUCAGCCUGGCCAAGAACAGCCAGCCCAACCGCUAUACCAACCGCGUGGUGACGCUCUGGUACCGCCCUCCGGAGCUGUUGCUCGGGGAGCGGGACUACGGCCCGCCCAUUGACCUGUGGGGUGCUGGGUGCAUCAUGGCGGAGAUGUGGACCCGCAGCCCUAUCAUGCAGGGCAACACAGAGCAGCACCAGCUUGCCCUCAUCAGCCAGCUGUGUGGCUCCAUCACUCCCGAGGUGUGGCCAAACGUGGACAAGUAUGAACUCUUUGAGAAGCUAGAGCUGGUCAAGGGCCAGAAGCGGAAGGUGAAGGACAGGCUGAAGGCAUAUGUGCGUGACCCCUAUGCGCUGGACCUCAUUGACAAGCUGCUCGUGCUGGAUCCAGCGCAGCGCAUUGACAGUGAUGACGCCCUCAACCACGACUUCUUCUGGUCCGACCCCAUGCCCUCGGACCUCAAGGGCAUGCUGUCCACCCACCUAACAUCCAUGUUUGAAUACCUGGCCCCACCACGCCGGAAGGGCAGCCAGAUCACCCAGCAAUCCACUAACCAGAGCCGCAACCCUGCCACGACCAACCAGACGGAGUUUGAGCGCGUCUUCUGAGGGCCAGCACUGCGCUGUUCUUUAGGGCAGUUUUAUUUUUUCUGCUGUGUGACUUGCGUUGUGAAGAUGAAGGGGCAUUUGCGUUUUUCUCUAGUGCACAUUUCAGCACUGGCUGAAUGGUAAGGAGGGCUCUGGGGCUGCCCCGCCCGCUUCCUUGGCUUUCUGGAUGGUGCCCAGGGGUCCUCGCUACCUUGGGACAGAUGAGGGAUGAAAGCGAAGGCUCAUCCCACCAGGGAUUUUCUCAGAGCUCCCAGAAUAAUGGGAGGAGGGGACAGGCCCCUUCCUCACUGUCCCCAGCCUGCCUCUUGGCAUGAGAAACUGGGGAAAGGAGCCAGCCUCUGGAUGGGCUGCUGUCGGCCUGACCCACAGAAGCACUGGGGCAGGCACAAACUCUUUGUUUCUUCAGUGAGAGAUUUUUAUCGUGUUCCUUUGGUUCAGUUGUUCAGAGACAUUCCUGGACAUGGUUUGAUCAGUUGCAAUUAAAGUUGACUCUUUUUCCAGUAA